AUGAUAGUACAGACAAAAAAGCAACAGAGCGUCAGAAUUUCAUACCACCACAGGAGGCGACACCUGUCACCCUCGUCCUUUAUCCUCUCUAUCCGCCACGUGUUCUCCUCCACGCUCUGUACAUAUAAAUACCCCAAUCGCUCUCAUUUUAUAUGGCUUAAGAAAAAGCUAUGGAGAAAGAAUUACAGCUUCAAACAAAACCUAUUUUCAGCGGCGGCGAAGCCUCCUCCGCUGCUGAGAUGGCGGUGGACGAAGUUUUUUUUCAAUGGCGUCUAUGCCGGGUUAACCUUCCACUCCUUGUUGAUGCAAGACCAGACGCCGCCGCUGCCUCCAUUCUUGGAGUCUUCUCUCAACUACGAUCCCAAUGGCUAUCCGGCGACGGAAAUCCAGAAUCUGAAAAUUCCGAAAACUGAACACCUGUUUUUCAAUGUAAAUUGCUCCGUCUCCAGUGAGGUUCCCCAGUACAACUUCUUCUCCAAUACGACGCCGUCUGUUGCUGAAUCUGAUGUCCUCUUCCCUCAGCUUCCUGGCCUCCUCUCUCUAGAGCUGCCUCAACACAAGCAUUUCCAACUCGCUGCUUCCUCACCGUCUAACUCAGUGGAACCGGCAGAGAGUGCUACCCACUCGGAGAAGAGUUACCACCAGCACCGGUUCGGUCCAUACAGGUCUCCUAGAGCUGUGGCGCCGUCGAGCACACUGGCGAGGCAGCGGCGGCAGAGGAUUAGCGACAAGACAAGGUGUUUGCAGAAGCUUUUGCCUUGGGACAAGAUGAUGGACAUGACAACGAUGCUGGAGGAGACGUACAAGUACAUCAAGUUCCUCCAGGCGCAGAUUAGCGUCCUUCAGUCUAUGCCGAAAUGCUGCGUUUACUCCGUCGAUCAGUUGAAUAUGCUGCAGAACAUUGCUGAAAGUAAUGGAUUGUUUCAUCACAUGCAUGGCAUUUGA